CUUGCAGCUCAGGGGGGCUCUGCCGUACCCCCAUCCCUCUCUCUUUGCAAAAAAGUCAUGAAGAGCUCCGCACAGCCCGUACCGUGCGCGUCACCUUCUGUAUGAUCUGCAAUUCUUUUUCCCCCCUCUCCUUUUUUUCCUUUUGGAUGUCAGUCGCAUCAAUGAAGAUAUUUCCUUUGGAGUCUACCUUGUAGGAACGGAUUUCCCAAUGUGAACUCAGCUGAAAAGCCACCGCUAAACCAACAUGUCUCGCCGCAAGCAAGGCAAACCCCAGCACUUGAGCAAACGGGAGUUUUCGCCUGAGCCACUGUCGGGCAUUUUACCAGAAGAAGACUCUCAGGACUCUCCCAGGCUGGGAGUGGCCCAGGGUGAGCCCCUGAAAGGGGACCAAGACCUGCUGACCUGCGGCCAGUGCCACUCCCGCUUCCCCCUGGCUGACAUCCUGCUGUUCAUUGAACACAAGCGGAGGCAGUGCCAUGGGAGCCUCUGUACGGACAAGCCUCUAGAUAGGCCCCCCUCGUCCCCACUUGCUUCGCCCCUCUCCACCUCCUCUUCCUCACACUCGCGGACCCACCAUCAGCACCCACGGAGGGCCUGUCACCCUGUGGAAGUGGCCGUUCAGGUGUCGCCACACGACGAGGAUUGUUUAUCUGGCCCCUUGCAAGGAAUAAUCCCCAAGCAGGAGAAUAUCACAGAUAAAGAUGAGCCCAGCAGUUACACCUGCACCACGUGCAAGCAGCCCUUCACCAGUGCCUGGUUCCUGCUCCAGCAUGCCCAGAAUACCCACGGCUUCCGCAUCUACCUGGAGAGCGAGCCCGGCAGCCCCCUCACCCCUCGUGUGGCUGCAGCACCUGGAAUGGGGGGUGAUUGUGCCUCCUCCCAGCCCCCACUCCAUGCCGUCCACCUGGCUGAUGGCAGCCCCUACAGCCUCCUGAGGAUGCCAGGCUCCGGGUCUGGUCGGGAUGCAGCCUCCACCCCUCGUGAGGGUCGUUACCCCCGGACCCCACCGCUGUUUAGCCCCCCGCCGCGCCACCACCUCAGCCCCGAUGACCUCGCCCUUGCCACCCACCACCCCAGCGCCUUUGACAGGGUGAUGAGGCUCAACUCAGUGCCGCUGGAAGCCCCUCCAAGCAUGGACUUCUCCAGACGGCUACGCGAGCUGGCAGGGAACACGACCGGGUCGUCCCCACCUCUGUCCCCUAACCGGCCCAGCCCUAUGCAACGGCUGUUGCAGCCAUUCCAGCCAGGAUCUAAGCCCCCAUUCUCAGCCACGCCUCCUCUCUCCACAUCUCAGUCACCUUCUGCGUCACGCUCCACGCCCAAUCCCGUUUCCAACAUGGCCCAACCCGGUACCCCUCUUAAGACAAAGUCUUGUGAGUUUUGCGGGAAGACCUUCAAGUUCCAGAGCAACCUAAUCGUUCACCGGCGCAGUCACACAGGGGAAAAGCCAUACAAGUGUCACCUGUGUAACCAUGCCUGCACACAGGCCAGCAAACUGAAGCGCCACAUGAAGACCCACUGUCAGAGCAAGUCUUCGGCACUCAAUGCCAAGUCAGAUGACGGCCUCUCGACUGCCAGCUCCCCUGAGCCUGGGACCAGUGAGCUGAUCGGCAGCGCCACAGAUGCUCUCAAAUCAGUGGUUGCCAAGUUCAAGAGCGAGAACAAUGGCCUGAUGCCUGAAAAUGGAGAGGAAGAGGAGGAAGAGGAGGAGGAGGAGGAAGAAGAGGAGGAAGAAGAGGAGGAGGAAGAGGAGGAGGAAGAGGAGGAGGAAGGGGAGGAGGAGGAAAUGGAGGGCGAAUCUGGUGGAGGAGGAGGAGAGGGAAGGAAUGACUAUCGUUUCAGCCUGCGACUAGAAGGGGCCCGGCAUCACCAGAACAGCGAGGCUCUGCACCCGCACCGCCGCAGUACAUCUCAAGAGCCCGGUGAUGAGGACUCGGCCAUGGAGUCAGACCGGGCAGAUGACUGCGGGACCACCACUACCAUCAAUGGCCUCGGCUCUCUUCCCACCGACAGCCUAUCCAGGAAGCUGCUGGGCGGAGGGGUCAGCCCUGGCUCCCUCAGUCCCCUUUCCAAGCGCAUCAAGGUGGAGAAGGACCUGGAUCCCCCUACACCCACCAUCCCAAACACGGAGAACGUUUACUCCCAGUGGCUAGCCGGCUACGCUGCUUCGCGACAACUCAAGGACCCCUUCCUCAGCUUUACAGGCGGGGACUCCAGACAAUCGCCCUUUGCCUCCUCAUCAGAGCACUCGUCGGAGAACGGCAGCCUGCGCUUCUCCACUCCGCCCGGCGAGCUGGACGGGGAACGCGCGGCGUCAGGACGCAGCGGCACCGGCAGUGGGGCCAGCACCCCCCACGGCAGUGGCGGGAACGGGCGGCCGAGUUCCAAGGACGGCCGCCGCAGUGACACCUGUGAGUUUUGCGGCAAGGUGUUCAAGAACUGCAGCAACUUGACAGUGCACCGGCGCAGUCACACCGGGGAGCGUCCCUACAAGUGUGAGCUGUGCAGCUACGCCUGUGCCCAGAGCUCUAAGCUCACCCGCCACAUGAAGACCCACGGACAGAUGGGUAAGGACGUGUACAAAUGUGAAAUCUGCCACAUGCCUUUCAGUGUGUACAGCACUCUGGAGAAACACAUGAAGAAGUGGCACAGUGACCGCCCUCUGGCUAAUGACAUUAAGACUGAGUAGGCAGAGAGCAGCAUGCUGGCAGCUCUCUCUCAGCUCCCCUUGGCUAAAUAGCGACCCUGGCUAACUAGCAGAUAAGUGAGGGGAGAGGACAACAGGGUUAAACACCAGUACACAGUACAGCCCUGUUACCAUCCCCCCAUUGGAAAAAGCUGAAUGCAUGAUCCAUCAUCGGGGCAAUACUAUUGCAUCGAACGCAAAACUUUUUGAGCCUUUCUAUUGUGCAAUAAUUUACACGUUUUGUACUUUUUGUAACUGGACAGCAUGCUCGGUGUGUUUUGGCUACUUAGAAAGAUAAUUGUCCUUGGCUGGUCGGUUUGGUUGUAGUUGUGUUGCUGUUGAUACUUUUGAUUUCUUCAACAUAAAAAAGUUAGGUAUGAGAACCCAUGCUGCAUACAUACUGUUUUACAUAUCAUGUACAGUUUUGUGUUCAGACAUAGUAGACAGUGGCAUAUUAUCAAAACGUCAAGACAAGCAGGGUCACAUUUUAAACUGAUCUUUGUGAAAGAUUUUCCAUGCAAGAUUGAGAUAAGAUAUAUAUAUAAAAAUUGGGCUGCCUAUGAAAUGCUAGGCACUAGCGCCAUUAAAUAUUUCCUUUACAAACAGCAAUGAAAUUAACAAUAUGGUGUGAAAAACAAACAACAAAGAGUGCCUUGGAUAUUUUACCUGCAUUAGUUAAUCCUCCUUUUUUUGCUAUAAGCUUGGAGUUUCAGCUAUAGAAGAUUACAGGACAUGUGUGUGCACAUAUGGAAUAAGCAGGUCCUUGCAUCAAGCACCUGUGCGACCCUGUCGUUUUGUGACUUAGCAGAACAUAAAGAACCAGCUGAAACGAAAAAAAAAAAAGAAAAAAAAAGAUGAUGUAUAUCUCUGGUAAAUCAUUUAUCUGCCUGACUCAUGUAUAUUGUUAUUCUCCAGAUUAUGAUUCUGUUUACUGGCAUGUUACAUGCUAAAAAAAGGAGUUCGGUGCGUGGAGUUUAAGUUUUGGUUUAGGUGUUUUAAGUUUCCCGGUACAUGUGUACCAUAUCGAGAGGGUACUCUAAUGAGUCGUUCUAAUGCUACAAACGUAAAGCUCUUAAUGUUCCAGAGUGUUUUAUUUUCUUUGAACAGUAAAGGUUUGCAGUUUUUUGUAAGUAGCACAAAACUAUGUUGUCAGCAUUGCUGGGAUCUUCGGUGUCAGCCAGGCAGGCAGUGUAGCCAGCAGUCACUUGACGACUAGAGAGAGGGUUUUAGUUGUUCUAAGCCAGGCAGAUUUGGGUGAGGGUGGGGCAGGGGGGCAGGGGAGUCAAGGCGGGAGAGGGUUCAGGUUCUGGGAGGUGGGAGGGUUAACCAGGUGUCUGUCUCUACAAUUCAAAAUUGUAUCUCCUUAUAGCGCUUAUUUCUCUUUACCAUGUUAGAUAUUAGAUGUCCUUAAGUAAUCUGAAACUCUUUUAUUAACUCACAUUGGAAAUAAGCUAAAAACAGAAGCCCAAAUCAAAUGUCAAGAGUUUGAAUUUGGUGAAACAGUUUUUUUUUUUUUUUUUUUUUUUAAAACAACCAUGCCCCCCUCCACACACACAGUGUUUUAAAAGAUUAAAGGAGCCUUUCACAUGUUUUGUGCUCUUUUGAGUUCACACGCUCUAGACCUCAUUGUGGUAGUUUUAGCAUUUUUAGCUUCAUCCCCUGUCAUUGUUGAUGAUAUAGCACUUGUCACUCUGCCUUGGAUUCUGUAUCUGUCUCUCUAAUCGGAGGUACAGUCGGUUGAGUAUAAAUUAAGGACCGGAUUUCGGAUCUGGGACUAACUACGUGCACUGUUCAAUUUUCCCAGUUUACAGUUGGACGCUCAAGGGAAAACUUGCUCUUAUGCUGACAGAUUGAUGUUGUGUCAUUGCUUCGCAUAGAAAAAAAAAAGAAAGAAAAAAAAAGAUCUAGAAACUGUUGCCAGCCAUGUUUUCUCCCAGGGACUAAGCAUCAGUUUGGCUCCUGGGGUAUCAACGCAGGAACCGCCAUAGAAAUAUCCUGCUUCAUACCAACUAUAGAAAUAUACUGCUCAAUACAGAAAAAAAAAUUGUUUUCUACAAAUUUGAUUAAAAAAGAUAAGUAAAUUGUGUUGUUGAUUUUUUAAGUAACACUUCAAUAUCUUUAGGGGAGAACUCUAUUUAAAUUUUGUUUUAAUUUUUAUUGUUUAUUGUUGUUUCUCUUUUCUGUCUUGGUGAUUCCCAGGACUUGAUCACUAUGUAAUGAAUAUGAAAUGAACAUGUCUCUCAUCUUUUUUUGCCUUCGCUAUACACAAGUCUUCAGGUUGAACAAAAAUUUGCAUUGGGGAGAGAUUUAUGAUGAUAUAUGAAUAUAUAGAGAGAACUUAAACACAUAGGAAAAUGCACACUCAUGUAAGUUCCUAUGUUAAAAACACAUUUAUGGUCUACUUUUUUCCUGUAUUUAGAAUGGUAUUUGAAAUUAAUGUUCACUUAGUGUAGGCACUUAUAGUAUUUAUGUUGGAGCCUGUAUUUUUAACUGUUUUGCCUGUACUCUUUAAAGGUUUCAAUGUACCCUUUUUUCUGUAGUGAAAAAAAAAUCCCAACAAGCUGCCACCGUAUAUUUUCUUAAUUUGGCAGGAUAAUAUAGUGUGAAUAAUUUGUAUGCUUGAAAAUAAGUAUGUUUUUGAAAAAUAAAAUGUUGUGGCGUUCCCCAAGGGUGAGAGGUCAUAUGAUGGCCUUUUCAGGCAGUCCCGCUGGAGUAACCACAAUGAGGUAAAAACAGGUGGUUGUACAUAUCUUUUUAGUUUGUUUUUAUAUUUUUCUCCUGCCAUUUUAUAUGCAGUAAUACAAGCUAUUGUUGGGUUUUCUCGUUAGUCAACUUUUUACUGUCCUUUCACAUGUACCACCUGAUGACAUUCCAGCCGUUUUUGAAAAAGACCUAUAGUCAUAUGCAAUCAAUCCAACAUGAAUCCGAACAUUUACUGCAGUUUUUGUUUUGUAUUUUGUUUAUCUUUUUUUUCAUUGCCAAAAGAAACAUGGUGCUUUAUAAUUUAAAUGUGGUACAUCUCAUAUGCAAAGCAUAUUCUAAAUGUAACAGAAAUCAUUAAGUGAGGUGAAAAAGAAGAAAGCUUGGUACAUGUUUUCAUCAAUGAUGGUAAUGAGGUACAUUUAAAUUUUCAGUCUGAUUUCAUCCUGUUUUCUGUAUCUGCUCACCAACAUGUUUGUUCUGAGCUGAACUUGAACUUGACCUCCUGCAUUGGUUGACAUUAUUUAUUAUUACUAUACACACACAUACACACGCUCUGUUCAGAACAGAGCCACCACAAAACAAAUCAGUACAUUUUCUCUCUCGUGGUGAAUUCUGAUGGUUUCUUUUCUCUGUUUGAUGACCAAAGGUCAUUGACCACCAGUUAUCAGUUCUUGCUCUAUAUAGAGAUUUUUUUUUUUUUUUUCAUUUAUGGAGAUGCCACUCUAUUUUCAGCUGUUGUCUGCAUUAUUCUCUUCAC